AUGGGAAUGUACAACACCACCGACCCCGACCCCGAUAUCAACUACAGCAUCACAUUCACAUUUUCAGCAAUCGAGGUGAACCUGGCCAUCAUUGCCGCUUCCAUCCCCGCCCUAUGGCCUUUGGUCCGCGGAAGAGUGGGGAAAUCAACGACAGCGGCUAGUAGCACCUUCAACGCAACUCGGCGAUAUACCAAGCACCAGCAAGAAUGGAUUCGGACCAACGAUCAGAACGAAAGCUCUGGGAGUCAUGACGACCAGAGUGGUAUCGACCUCAAUGAUAUGAGGGGUGACCGGAUGGUCCAAACGCACAUCAGCAGAGGCUCGUUGCCUAAUGAUUCGGACGAGGAGAUACUCCCAGACCGUGGUCACCGGAAGGAAGACGGAUCUAUACUGAAGACCACUCAGAUCAGUUACUCGGACCACUCUGGGCUACUUGAGACUAUCUUCGGCAACUGA